ACAGGUGGACACUAUAUUUCUACAGUGUAUGUAUGUGAUGGUACAGAGGAUUGUCAGGACGGUUCAGAUGAACAAGACUGUGUUUAUUCUAAUUGUAAUAAUAACACAUGGAGAUGUCAUUCAGGACAGUGUAUAUCAAUAGAUAGAAGAUGUGAUUUAAUACCAGAUUGUUUGGAUCAAUCAGAUGAACAGGGUUGUGGUAAGAAACCUUCAAGGGACCCUCGCUGUCCCGACUCGAUGUUUACUUGUAACAAUAAACAAUGUAUCAACAUGUUGUUUUACUGUGAUUUUACUCCGCAUUGUUCAGAUUCGUCUGACGAGAUUUCCUGUGUUUAUUCUAAUUGUAAUAAUAACACAUGGAGAUGUCAUUCAGGACAGUGUAUAUCAAUAGAUAGAAGAUGUGAUUUAAUACCAGAUUGUUUGGAUCAAUCAGAUGAACAGGGUUGUGGUAAGAAACCUUCAAGGGGUUGUGAAAGUGGUUACUAUAUCAAAUGUAGAGGAAGUUAUUGUAUACCUGUUAAUCAAGUCUGUGAUGGUAGACCGGAUUGUCCAGAACAGGAUGAUGAA